UGCUCGCCCAGCAAUGAUGUAUUCAAGUUUUCGCUGCUGGCCGCUGGCUUUGCUCUUGACAAUAGUUGCCUGUGUCUCGGCUCAGAAUAUUGAUUAUCGCUUGCCGACAGCAUUGGAGCCCACGCAUUAUGAGUUAUAUCUUCACCCCGAUCUGGCAACUGGCAACUUUACAGGCCAGGAGAGGAUCACUAUCAAUGUAAAGCAGGCAACCAGUCAAAUCAUUUUGCAUUCCCAUAAACUUACGCUUACCAGCGUCUAUGUGCUCAGCCGUGAAGUAGAAAACUUCAGGCUCGAUACUGAGCGCGAACUGCUCAUAAUAGAUAUGAAGCAGCCCUUGGCAGCGGAUGGAACUAUUACCUUAGGCAUUAUAUUUGAAGGCCAAAUGCUAAAUAAGUUGGUUGGCCUAUAUACGAGCAACUAUAAGACUGCCACAGGUCAACAAAGAACAAUUGUGAACUCGCAAUUCGAGCCCACCUAUGCUCGUCAGGCAUUCCCUUGCUUUGAUGAGCCUGCAUUGAAAGCUACAUUCAAUAUAACCGUUGUGCAUCCCACUGCUGGCUCCUACGAUGCCAUCUCCAACAUGAACAAAAUAGAAUCGCAGAAUCUGGGCGAGAAUACAAUGGCAACGUUUGCCAUUAGUGUGCCUAUGAGCACUUAUCUGGCUUGCAUAAUUGUGGCGGACUUUGAUCAUCAGAAGAGCACAGUGAAAGCUAACGGCAUUGGAGCUGAUUUUGAAAUGCGCGCUUUUGCCACGCCCCAUCAGCUGAGCAAGGUUACCUUUGCCUUGGAGUUUGGCGUUGCUGUCACCGAGUACUACAUUAAGUACUUUAAAGUGGAGUACCCGCUGCCCAAGCUGGACAUGGCUGCCAUUCCAGACUUUUCCUCCAAUGCUAUGGAACAUUGGGGCUUGGUUACUUACAGAGAGACUGCACUGCUCUAUGACGAAAAUUACAGCUCCACUCUGAACAAACAGGCUACAGCUGCUGUCCUUGCUCAUGAGAUUACACAUCAAUGGUUUGGCAACUUGGUGACAAUGAAGUGGUGGAAUGAUUUGUGGCUAAACGAAGGCUUUGCUCGCUUCAUGCAAUACAAAGGCGUAGACGAUGUUCACCCAGAUUGGGGCAUGCUAGAACAAUUUAUAAUAAUGGCAUUACAUCCAGUCAUGGACUUUGACGCAAAGCUGUCCUCGCAUCCUAUUGUGCAAAAAGUAGAGAGUCCAGAUGAAAUCGCUGCCAUUUUCGAUACAAUUAGCUAUGAGAAAGCUGGCUCCAUUUUGCGCAUGUUAGAGAAUCUUGUGGGCUCUACUAAGUUUGAGCAGGCGGUUACCAGCUAUCUGACAAAGUACAAGUAUCAAAACACAGUCACAGAUGAUUUCUUGUCUGAAGUAGCUGCUCUGGUAACUGACUUCGAUCUGAAGCUAUUGAUGCGCACCUGGACUGAGCAAAUGGGCUAUCCCGUGUUGAAGGUGGAGCGCUCCAGCAAUGAAGCAUUUACUUUUACACAGCAGCGAUUCCUCUCCAACAAGGCUAGCUACGAAGAGACAGUGGAGCCAACAGAGUUUGGCUAUAAAUGGACUGUGCCCAUCACCUACUACUUAGACAGCUCCAAGGCAGAUGAGAUUAGCAGCAUAAUUUUUAGUUAUGACUCCGACUCUGUAUCUGUGCGUGUUGCCGAAAAUGUUAAGUGGAUCAAGCUUAAUGUUCACCAAAUGGGUUUCUACCGUGUUAACUAUGAAGCUAGCAUCUGGGAGCAGAUAACUAAGCAGUUGAUUGCUGACCACAAGCGCUUUGAUAUUGCUGACAGAGCACAGCUGUUAAACGAUGCCUUUGCAUUGGCCGAUGCUAGUCAGAUUUCCUACAACGUUUCUCUGGAGAUGACAGCUUAUCUCUCGAGCGAAGAAGAUUUUGUGCCUUGGUAUGUGGCUGCCUCCAAGCUUGUGGCACUUAAGAAAACUCUCAUGUACAGCGAGAGUUACGCAUCCUACUUGACUUAUGCACGCUCCUUGUUAACCAAUGUCUACAAGAAUGUGGGCUGGACAGUUGAUGCCAAUAAUCAUCUUAAAAAUCGCCUGCGUGUUUCUGUGUUGAAUGCUGCCUGUUCCUUGGGUGUAGGAGACUGUUUGAAGGAAGCCGCAGAGCGCUUUAACAAGUGGAUAGCUAAUCCCUCAGCUGCCACUCGACCUGCUCCCGAUCUACGUGAAAUUGUUUACCACUACGGCAUGCAACAGGCAAACACUGAGGCCAGCUGGGAAAAGCUAUUGGCCAUAUAUCAAGAAGAAACUGAUCCUAGCGAGAAGGUAAAGAUUAUGUUUGGACUCACUGGUGUGUCGGAUGGCCAGUUGCUCUACAGACUUUUGGAAUUGGCCAACGAUGAGAGCAUAGUGCGCUCGCAGGACUAUCACACAUGUGUACAGUAUAUAGCUGCUAAUCCUGUGGGAGAAUCAAUUGUUUGGGACUAUUAUCGCGAGAACUGGGUACAGCUAGCGGAACGUUUUGGACUCAACGAUCGCUACUUUGGCAGAUUAAUUGCUAGCAUUACAUCAGGCUUUGCCAGCGAAGUCAAGCUGGAAGAGGUGCAAGAGUUUUACAAGAAGCAGCCCGAGUCUGGAGCGGGCGCUGGCUCUAGGCAUCAGGCUAUUGAAACUAUCAAGUACAACAUGAAUUGGUUGCAAGAGAAUAGCGCCGACAUCAGCAGUUGGCUAAAAGGCACGAAAUCGGCAUUGACCGUCUAAGGGAAAAAACCCAAUAUAAAAUUGUUAAUAUCCAAUUGAAGUUAUAAAUUAGCAAAUCUAAUCGUUGCAUAAUGGCCAAUGUACAAAACUUUGCUAUAACAAUAAACA